CAGUCAUGGGGGGUGGUGGCUGGUCCCAGCAGUCCCUCCGGUCCUGCAGGCUGAAUGAGCCCUGGGAGGGGGGUGUUGGAGCGACUGGAUUAGUCACCCCAGGCCAGCGUUGUGUACAGGGGGUGGGUCCUCCCUCUGCGCUCUAGCGCGAGUGGGCGCGGAGGCGGGCCCGCAGAGUGGGCGCGCAGACCAAUGGGAAUCGGGGCUCGGCGAGGGGUCCGCCCACGGGCGCGCUGGCAGCAUAAAGAGCCGGCGCCGCGGCUGCUGGUUGCAGAGUCUGGUGCCGCUGCUCCUGCACGGUUCUCUCUGCGCUGCGCGGGACCCAGUGGGACCGAGCCUCCGCCGCUCCGCCGGACCCACCGCCACCCUCGCGCCCACACCGCCGCACGGCCAGAUCCCGCAGCCCUCGCCAGUCGGUCCCAAGAGGACUUUGCAGCUCGCCGCCUCCCGCCUGAGCACCGCGGCCACCUGCGCGCAGAUGGAGCUGGACCACAUGACGAGCGGCGGCCUCCACGCCUACCCGGGACCACGGGGCGCGCCGGCGGCCAAGCCCAAUGUGAUCCUGCAGAUCGGUAAGUGCCGGACCGAGAUGCUGGAGCACGUGCGGAGGACCCACCGGCACCUGCUGACCGAAGUGUCCAAGCAGGUGGAGCGCGAGCUGAAGGGGCUGCACAGGUCGGUGGGCAAGCUGGAGAGCAACCUGGACGGCUACGUGCCCACGGGCGACUCGCAGCGCUGGAAGAAGUCCAUCAAGGCCUGCUUGUGCCGCUGCCAGGAGACCAUUGCCAACCUGGAGCGCUGGGUCAAGCGCGAGAUGCAUGUGUGGAGGGAGGUCUUCUACCGGCUGGAGAGGUGGGCUGACCGCCUGGAGGCCAUGGGCAGCAAGUACCCGGUGGGCACCGAGUCUGCCCGCCACACUGUUUCCGUGGGUGUUGGGGGUCCCGAGGGCUACCGCAACGAGGCCGAUGGCUACGACUACACGGUCAGCCCCUAUGCCAUCACCCCACCACCGGCCGCCGGAGAAGUGCCGGGAGAGGAGCCGGAGGAGUCCCAGGAGUACCCACCCUGGGGACCCGGCGAGGAUGGGCAGCCGAGCCCUGGCGUGGACACGCAGAUCUUCGAGGAUCCUCGUGAGUUCCUUAGCCACCUGGAGGAGUACCUGCGGCAGGUGGGCGGUUCUGAGGAGUACUGGCUGUCACAAAUCCAGAACCACAUGAAUGGGCCAGCCAAGAAGUGGUGGGAGUAUAAGCAGGGCUCGGUGAAGAACUGGGUGGAGUUCAAGAAGGAGUUCCUGCAGUACAGCGAGGGCACGCUGUCCCGGGAGGCCCUCCAGCGCGAGCUGGACCUGCCGCAGAAGCAGGGUGAGCCGCUGGACCAGUUCCUGUGGCGCAAGCGGGACCUGUACCAGACACUGCACGUGGACGCAGAGGAGGAGGAGGUCAUCCAGUAUGUGGUGGGCACCCUGCAGCCCAAGCUCAAGCGCUUCCUGCGCCACCCGCUGCCCAAGACCCUGGAGCAGCUCAUCCAGAGAGGCAUGGAGGUCCAGGACGACCUGGAGCGGGCGGCCGAGCCGGUCAGCUCCCACCUCUCUGCCGAGGCCGAAGCCGAGGCUGAAGCCGAGUCCCUCACGCCGGUCCUCACCAAUGAUUCCGUGGCCAGUGACCUGACCCAGCCUGAAUAGAGGGCAUCCAGGCCCCAGUCUUCCUGCCACACACCCCCGUGGCCUUUGCCAGCCAGGACUUUCGAGCGGGGCUGAGUCCUGUGGUGGAGAACCUUGUCCUCUUUGUCCAGUUGGACACCCCCUCAGUCUCCCAGCCUGAUCCACACAGACACAUGUCCUCCGGUUGUGGGCAGUGUCCCCCAAACAGCAAAGGGGCCCCUGUCCUGUCCUGUCACCUUCCCUCCGUCUGUCUUCUGGGGCCCUGGGCCAUUCAUCCCCCCCCACCACACACACACACACACACACACACACACACACACACACACUCCCUCUCUCUCUCAGGCCCGGCUUCCUUAUCCUGCUCAAUGCUUGGGCCCUCUGGGCACUCAGACACCAAGUGUCCAGAUGGCACAGACCAGCGGGCACUAAGCUCAAAGGACACCCAGAGCAGAAGCUAAGGCAGAACCAGUGCCAUGAAAAGCUCAGCUUCAGGGCCGCAGCCCUCUCCUGGCAGUCGCCACGCAGGGUAGCUGGCCAGCCUCGGACAGCGUGUCUCCCUGUCCUGGAGGAGAACUGAAGCUGAAACGCAGCAGUGGCAGCCGCAGACCUGGAGUCCCAUCUCCUGGCCUCUCAGCAUCCGUGAUUCAUGCCAGCCUGGAGAAGGCUCGAGCUCCGCUCGCUGACUCACCCAUGGCAGGCGGAGGUCCCACAGGGCCUGAGUCCUCAAACUGGCUGAGGCAGCAGCCGUUGUCCACGGAGCCAGGAGACUGACAACAGGUCUCACGGCUCCCAGAGAGCCCUUGCUGCUGUGCCUGGCACUGCUGGCUCCCCUCUCCUCUGCAAGCUGCCUGCAUAGGAGGAGAAGUCUGAGGCCAGCGAGAGCAGGGGCCAGGCGGAGAGUUGGUGCUGAAGAUGGGCCAGCAUGAGGGCCAGGGCCUGCCUCUAUGCCCACUCUGCUGGCCACCAGCCUGCCCGCCCCCAGGGCCACUGUGGCUGGAAUCGGGGUUCACUACCCCGGGCCCUGUCUUGCUCCAGCCCAGGAACUCCCGCCCACUAUGCGGCCAUCCUCUUCUGCCAGAGCUUUUGGAGAGCCCUGGGAAAGGGCUCCUGCCCCUGCCCGGUGGCCCCAAGCCCAGCCCCAGGAGAUCCCAAAGCCUGUUCUCCUGAGGCUCAAGCUGGCUCUCUGCCAGGCCCCGCUGUUGCCCAGGCCCAGACCCCCAUGUCCUCCAGCACCAACACCCUGGCGCUGGCCCGACACUUGUGUCUGCAGCCAGAGCAGGUCCUGUUUGGGGAUUCCCCUUUCUGCCUGUUCACUGCGGGUUCCCAGACUUGGGGACUGAUGUCUGCAGGUGACUCUACCAGUCCCUCCACCCCAUGCCCCUGUCAGCCCCCCAAAUUUUAUUUUUGCACAUAAGCCAUAGCACAUACUCACAGGCUGGCACAGGCUGCAGGGAGGUCCUGGGUCCCCUGCCCCCCAUGGACCAAGCCUCAAAUGUCAGGCCAGCCUGUGGGCAACCCUGCCACCUGCCUUGAAGACAGACUCUUUUGUAAGAUUUUGUUAAUAAAACACUGAAACUUGU